AAGCAACGAAACGUAAACACGACAUUUGGGCUAGCGUCUGACGUACGAAGACGUCAUUGAUGGCCGUAUUUUCCAAGUUGUUUUGUGUAAGCCUUGAAAAGUUUUGUUCCGCCCGCGAUGAAUCCAGUUUUUCCGACGAUGCAUCAGGCAAAUCUGUAUAACCUGGUUCCACCACCACCGGGACCGCAUCAACAUGCCCAGCAGAUGCCACCGGCGAACCACCACGGUUCCGUCGUCGGUUCCAGCCCUGGCCAGUUGACCAAGUCCCAGCAGCGAAUGCUGGGCGAAAGUGACGCGGACAGGGCCAAGCGACUGGCCAAAAAUGCCGAGCGGAUGCGCCAGAAGCGAGCGGCCGCGGCCGCAGCAGCAGCAACUGCAGGACAGAACUACGCUGCAGGACCACAUCCACCGCCACCCCCACUCCAGCAACAGCCACAGCAGCAACUACAACAACAACCUGUUUUAUACAACCUGGUGGGCCCUGGCCAGAUGCCACAGCUGCAGCAGGUUCAGGCGCCUCCAGCAGCACAACAAACAACGCAGCAGGUUCCGGCAGGUCCAACGGGUACUCCGAAAGGCUACCUUCGUGGUGAGACGGAAGAAGCGCGACAGAAGCGGCUGGCAAAGAACGCAGAGCGUAUGCGCCAGAAACGAUCGCUUGAGAAGCAGGCUGCCGUGGCUCAACCCGUUACGACGGCGGCACCGAUAGCGCUUCUGCCGGCCAAUCCGACUUACGUCACCCUUCAGCCCAACGUAUAUCUCACCCUUACGCAGACACCUGCCCCGGCACCGGUCGCGCCUCCUGCUCCGGUCGAUCCGAGCUUGCUGACCAAAGCCCAGCGCCGAAUGUUGGGCGAAAGUUCCGAGGCCCGGAUCAAACGGCUGACCAAAAAUGCCGAACGGAUGCGCCAGAAACGCGCCAACCAGACGUACGAAGAGUACAGAGCCAUGUUGGCCCGGAACGCCGAGCGAAUGCGCCAAAAGCGUAACACGCGCACAUUUGAAGAGUACAAGAUCGCACUAGCAAAAAACGCCGAAAGUAAUCGCCGGCGCCGAGCAAACGAGACGCCGGAAGAGCGUGCCUUGCGCCACAUGCGGAACGCCAUGCGUCAACGACUCCGUCGGGCCAUGGAAACCCCCGAGCAGAAGGCCAUCCGGAAGGCACGCCUCGCCCAGCGAAUGCGCGAAAUCCGUUCCAACGAAUCGUACGAACAGCGUCAAGUACGACUCGCCAAGGGAGCGGCCCGCGCCCGUCAACGGUUCCUCAACGAGACGCCCGAGGAACGCGCGGAACGCAACCGUCGGAAAGCCGAAUACGCACGACUCUGCCGUAGUCCGGAUCCGCGCAAGAAGCAACAAAUACAAAACCAACCCCCGAGCCAACUCAUGGCGGACAUCAAAGCCGAACACCACCAACAGGCCAGCUCGUCCUCGACGACCGUACAACCCUCGCUGGAAACGCCAAUCCCGGGCUAUCCGAUCAACUAUUCCGAGUUCGGGGCCGCCUUCCCGUCGUUUCUCAACUACCCCAUGAAGAACGGCCAGCAAACUUCGGCGGGGCCAGCUUUCAAUCCGACGAGCUACCAGACGACGACGACGACGAUGGCCGCCGGACAACCGCCGUACUAUCCCGAGCUGACCGUGCCGACCCCGGUGAUGGCCGCCGGAGCCAUCAAGAGUGAAAAGCCCAAGAGUGGUGGCGGUAAGCGGGCACCGAAGAGUUCCGGAGCGCCGCCGACGAGCACAACCACGACGACGACGACGAACUGAGCCGGCGGAGUGGGAAGGGAGGUGGAGGAAGGUGAAUAUGAUGAUUAUAUAAAUGUACUCAACACGAGUUACGCAAUGAUUUAACCGUACGCCGAUAAAGUUUAAACGUAUAUUGUAAAAGUAGCCGUAAGUGAUAAUCUUAAUAAAAUACAGCAUUAGUACCGCGA